AUGGCUAUCAUUGAAGCCUUCCUAUUAGGAGUGUGCUCUCUCCCUCACCCGAAUGACCUAGCUGAGAAAAGAACUUGGUUCCCAGCCUCCUUUGGAACAGUUGACUUUGAUACUGUGGUAUUUCAAAGAUCACAGAUAAUGUUGUAUGCAAUUGAAGAAAUAAAUAAAGACCAAGGCCUUCUUCCUAAUGUGACCCUUGGUUACCGGGUGUAUGACAACUGCAUCAAUCUGCAGGUCGCUAUGAGGGCUGCAGCAACACUAAUAGGAGGAAUGGAUGAGGUCUCGGAUUAUGACUGUGAAGGACUCCCUCAUGUUGUUGCUGUUGUUGGAGACCCCAUUUCAACACAUUCAAUCGCCAUCUCAAGAACCCUUGGUCUCUUUGGAAUGCCUCUGCUUAUUCAGCAGGUUAGUUACUGUUCGACAUGUGCUUGUUUAAGCAAUAAAUUGGAGUUUCCAACAUUUUUCAGAACUGUUCCAAGUGAUGCUUUCCUUGUUAAAGUAAUGGCUGAAAUUAUUAAACAUUAUAAGUGGACUUGGGUGGGAAUAAUAUCAAGUGAUGAUGAGUAUGGGCUCUUUACUUUGAGAACCUUAGAAGAAGAAGUCAAGAAAUUUGGAUGCAUUGCUUUUUCAAAAGCUCUCAAUGUCAAUGAUAAAGAAAAGAUGUCUUAUUUGAUCAACAUUAUUAGACAGUCAACUGCAACUGUCAUAGUGGUAUUUUUACAAAAAAUGGAUGCUGCUGUAUUUGUGGACGAAGUUUCCCAUCAUAACAUCACUGGAAAGCAAUGGAUUGCAAGCGACUCAUGGAGUCCCUUUCCUGUAUUUGCCAGCAAUGAAAAGUUCGGUUCAUUUGGUGGAACCAUAGGUGUCGCUGCAAGAAGAGGAAUGAUUCCAGGGCUUGAAACAUUUCUUUUUCAAAUUCACCCACAUUUUGACCCAGAAAAUAAUUUAAAAAGACUGUUUUGGGAAGCAAUGUUUGAUUGCAAAUUUCUGGAGAAUGAUGUACUAUCAAAUGUGUCUGCUAUGGAAGGCAGACCAAUUUGCAGUGGGUCUGAGAAUAUCAGUAAGACUAAGACUGCCUACAGUGACGUCUCUGAUUUAAGGGCUUCCUAUAACGUUUAUAAAGCGGUGUAUGCAGUAGCACAUGCCCUUCAUAACCUAAUGUCCUGUGAGACUGGAAAAGGACCAUUUGAGAAUCAAACAUGUGCAAACAUUAAAACUGUUCAACCCUGGCAACUUCUACACUAUCUAAAGAAAGUCAAUUUCACAAAUAAGCAAGGAGAAAGAGUUGCAUUUGAUGUAAAUGGAGAUGCUCUUGCCAUAUUUGAUAUUGUAAACUGGCAGCAAUCAGCUGAUGGGAUUGUGUUCAGUAAAACCAUUGGCAUUUUUGAUGAAUCUGCUUUGCCUGGCCAGGAACUGUCACUUAAUGAAGAGAAUAUAUUUUGGAACUUCAAACCUCAAAAAGUUCCUACAUCUGUCUGCAGUCAGAGCUGCCAACCAGGGACAAGAAAAGCCAGCCGGAAAGGGGAGCCUCUCUGCUGCUUUGAUUGUGUACCUUGUGCAGAUGGAGAGAUUAGCAGUGAAAACGAUUCUCUUGUAUGUAUCAAAUGUCCUCCCGAUUUUUGGUCAAACCAAAGGAGAAAUCAAUGUGUGCCAAAAGAAGUUGAGUUUCUGUCCUAUGAAGAUGCAAUGGGAAUCACUUUAGCAGCAACAGCUUUAUCUGGAGUUGGUUUAUCUUUAGGUGUUUUGGCAAUUUUUAUCCGUGCCAGGAACACCCCUGUUGUGAAAGCCAACAACUCGGAACUGAGCUUCCUCUUGCUGGUGUCUCUCACCCUGUGUUUCCUAUGUGCUCUGUGUUUCAUUGGACUGCCUUCACCUUUAACCUGUUCUCUGCGACAUGUGAUGUUUGGCAUCAGCUUUGUUCUGUGCAUCUCUUGUAUCCUUGUAAAAACGAUUGUUGUAAUGAUGGCAUUUAAAACCAAGCUUCCUGGAGAUAAUAUGAUGAAGUGGUUUGGCACUUCACAGCAAAGAGGCACUGUAUUUUUCUUCACUUUAGUUCAGUCUCUUAUCUGUCUGGUUUGGCUGAUCACAUCUCCUCCAGGUCCAGUAAAAAACUUAAAAUACCAAAAUAUAAAAAUUAUUUAUGAGUGUGAUGUUGGAACAGUCAUUGGGUUUAGCUGUUUGUUGGGAUACAUUGGACUGCUGGCUUGCGUCUCUUUUCUUUUGGCAUUUCUUGUCCGGAACCUGCCAGACACUUUCAAUGAGGCUAAAUUUAUUACAUUUAGCAUGUUGAUUUUCUGUGCAGUCUGGAUCACUUUCAUCCCUGCUUAUAUUAGUUCACCAGGAAAGUACACAGUAGCUGUCGAAAUUUUUGCAAUUUUAGCUUCAAGCUUUGGACUGCUUUUUGCGAUUUUUGCCCCAAAAUGUUAUAUUAUUCUUUUUAAACCAGAACAAAACACAAAGAAAGCCUUAAUGGGGAGAAACACCAAAAAGAAAUUUUAAAUAUUGCAUCCCUGAGCAAAAAAAUAUACACAUUAUGUAUGUACUGUAUAAUAUAUAAUAAAUGCAACAUGAUAUCUAAGAGGGUUAAAGAAGGGUUGUGCAAGUGUUGCAAAAGGACAAAAUUAGUAAAGGUUAUUACCCCUGAGAAAAAUAAAAGACAACAAAACACAAUGUUGGCCUAUUACUAUAAAUGCUGUGCUUCUAAAUUCUAAAUGAUUUUACAGCAUAAAAUAACCUUUACCUGUUUUUCCUCUACUGCAAUGUCUAUGCCAGGAAAUAAAAGAAAGACCUUUAUUUGAGCAUUACAGCUCUAAAGCCUUCUUCAUGUAUGUGUCUGAUCUUUUUAGUAUCUACUGCACCAGGCACUUUGACAAGGUGUAAUCUUUCAUAUUCUGUACCAUCAUUUAUAUGGAAAUAUCAGAGCAACUAGCCAAGACUAAAAUAAUAUAUUAAGGUGUAAGACUAAGACAUCAAAUCCUUAGAUCAUAAUCAGUGUUAAUCACUGAAGACAGUGAAAUAGAAGACAGUACCUCACGCUACUUGGGCUUUGAUUUCAAUAGUGUUUGAAUCAGGUCAGUUGCCAAUUCUAAGUAACAAUGAAUCACCCAGGACAGACUCCUGCCUUAGGAGUGUUGACUCCACCCCUGCAUCUGUCCUGAAUCUGACUUAAUAGUUUAAGCAUGGAUUAACUGACAAAUGAACAAACAAGCAUAUCAG